AUGGGCGACAACAAGCUCAGAGCAGGCAUAUUGAUUGUAUCCGAAACCGCGUCUCGAGAUCCCUCAACCGACAAAUGCGGACCUAUCCUCCAGGACGUCUUCCGAGAUGACGGAGGUGACCAGUGGGAAGUCACGGAAACCAAACUCGUGCCAGAUAGCAUUUCCGAGAUCCAAAGCGUGGUCAAGCAGUGGUCAGAUGGCGAAGAUGCACUCAGCUUGGUAAUUACUAGCGGAGGCACUGGGUUUGCCGUGAAGGAUCGUACGCCGGAAGCCGUCACCCCUCUUAUAGAGAAGCAUGCGCCAGGCUUGGUUCAUGGCAUGCUCGCUGCAUCCCUUGCCGUUACUCCUUUUGCGCUCAUGUCGAGGCCAGUAGCCGGCGUGCGAAACAAGACCCUCAUCCUGACUCUACCGGGAUCACCCAAGGGCGCGAAGGAGAACCUGCAAGCUGUGUUGAAGCUUCUGCCUCAUGCGUGCGUUCAGGCCGCCGGGGCAGACUCUCGUGCCAUCCAUGUUGGAGGCGUGAAGAAGCUUGAGGAGGACGCCGGUGUGCCGUCAGGCGCUGCGUUAUACAUGCUUACAGUCUACCCAGACCCACGUACCAACCACUCGCACUAUCACCACCACCAUGGCCACGGCCACGGCGCUCAUGCCGGUCCCAAAGCCCGCACAAAGCCCUCAGACCGCCCCCAAUCCAACGACCCCUCCGCCGGACCCACCCGCCGGCACCGAACCUCGCCCUACCCCAUGCUCUCCGUCGAAGAAGCUCUCAAGCUCAUCGAGCAGCACAUUCCCCCACCCCAGACCUUCCUUGCCCCUGUGAACGAAUUCCUCACCGGCCACGUCCUUGCCGCCGACGUCCACGCCACCGAAUCCGUCCCCGCCUUCCGUGCUAGCAUCGUCGACGGCUACGCCAUCAAGCACCCCGCAACCGGGGUUUUCGAAAGAGGGACUUAUCCCGUAGCGCUGGUCUCGCAUGCGCAACCUGGAGAAGUCCCCCCGCUGCAAGACGGCCAGAUCGCGCGGAUCACAACCGGCGCCCCGCUCCCACCUGGCGCGACGGCCGUCGUGAUGGUUGAGGACACAGUCCUGGUAUCCAAAACUGUAAACGAAAGCGAGGAGAAGGACGUUGAAAUCCUGACACCCGCCGUUCAGCCUAGUGAGAACGUGCGCGAGGUCGGUAGCGAUGUCCGCGCCGGCGAUGUGAUCCUCAAAAAAGGGGAGGGCAUCACUGCGCACGGCGGGGAGCUGGGCCUCCUCGCUUCCGUAGGGACGGUAGAGGUGCUGGUGUAUCGGAAACCCGUCGUCGGCGUGCUGAGCACAGGCGACGAAAUCGUGCCGCAUGAUCGACCGGGCGCGCUUAGGCUGGGGGAGGUGAGGGACACGAAUAGGCCUACCUUGCUUACCGCGGCCAGGAACUCGGGGUUUGAGGCUGUGGAUCUGGGAAUUGCGUCGGAUAAGCCAGGCACCCUCGAAACCACCCUCCGCACUGCCCUCCAAACCGUCGACCUCAUAAUCACCACCGGCGGCGUCAGCAUGGGCGAGCUCGACCUGCUAAAGCCGACCCUCGAGCGCUCCCUCGGUGGAGUGAUCCACUUCGGCCGCGUAAGUAUGAAGCCCGGGAAACCGACCACCUUCGCCACCGUCCCUUACAAAGAUCCUGGCACCGGCCACCGCUCUUCGCGUGUUGUGUUCAGCUUGCCUGGAAACCCGGCGAGCGCUGUUGUGACGUUCCAUUUGUUCGUGCUGCCGAGCCUGCAUUAUGCGUCCGGGGUGCGGCCGGUGGGGUUGCCCAAAGUGAAGGUCACGCUUGAGGAGGAGGUGCGGUUGGAUGCUAAGAGGGCGGAGUAUCAUAGGGUUGUUGUUGUGGCGAGGGCGGAUGGGAGACUUUAUGCUAGCAGCACGGGGGGGCAGCGGAGUUCGCGGAUCGGGAGCUUUAGGGGCGCGAAUGGUUUGUUAGUUUUGCCGGCUGGGGAGGGGUGCGUGGGGAGGGGGGAGGUGGGGGAGGUGUUGUUGAUGGGGCAGGUGGUUAGUGAGGUUUAA